GAUAAUCUCUCGAGGAUUGACAGUCGGUGUACGGGAUUAUUCGUGAACUCAAGUGCCCCCCAAUCCGCCGAUGAGAGCUGCAACUGUUUUCACAGCUGACACACUUCCCAUCCCGACCAGGUUGAACGGGAUCUCUCCGGGGCUGAGCGGCCGCCGCUGGUUGUCCGUGCGGGGCUCUUCUCCGCUCCGUGGAUGGUGCGUAAUAAUAUCAUCUGGAGAGGCCGAGGCCGACAUUUUACCCCCGUCCGGAGGAGCCUUGACUCCGAGGGGACAUCUGAGGACACGCGAUAAGGCUGGGAGGCUGAGAGCUGCAGGGCUGCGACAUGUGAAAAGAGCUCCACCCCUUGACCCUCACAACUCUCAACCGAAGCAGAUCUCACUUGAACUGAAGUUGUGACCGCGACCUGACACCCUCCUGCCUCGGGCAUGCCUCAGCCGGGUAUGAAUGGGAUGGAGCCUGCAUUUGGCGAGGCCUACGGGGGACACAGGGGUCUGCUGAGCCCCUAUCCUCUGGCCAUGUCGCCACAAGGGGGCAGGACUGAGUACGACCAGAGUGUGCUCCUCAUGCUGGGCUCCCCGGCAUCGCCAAGGAAACGGCCCUUUGAGUUGCUAAGCGACCUGGUGGACGACGGUGGCUUCGGCGAGGACCUGCACCCGGAGCGCUGGGAUGUGUCCGCGCUGGACGAGAUGGCUCGCUACACCAAGCUGGGCCUCGGUGUGGGAGGGGAGCUGCUGGCCUGCUCCGAGGAGGCCGUCCUGAUGGGCCGCUGGGGGAGAAGCCGGGAGGAGCAAGAGGAAGAAGAGGAAGAGGAGAGGAGGAGGAGUAACAGACACACAGCGCCGCCCGUCACCCAGGAAGUCCAGGCCACUGCUGCAGGGAGGGAGGAGGGGCGUAUCUCUGUUGCCACAACAACGGAGAGGGAGUUAUGUGUUGCAGGAAGAGCGGCCGGAGGAGGACAGGAUGGGGGGAUGCCGAGGGAGCGUACAGUGGAGGUGUAUCAGGUGGCACAGGAGGAAGAGGAGGUGGUGGCGGCAGCAGCGGCAGGUUUGGCUCUGGAGCACUGCAGCGAGGAGCACAACUACUCCCUGAGCCAGGGAGAGGAGCUGGGGGCGGGGCCCGGUCACAACUCCCAGACAGAGGGGUUGCGGGUGGGGGAGACGCAGCAGGAGCUGCGGGGCAGGGAGGAGAGUCAGGCCAAGACUGAGCUGGAUCUGGAAGACGAGGACGAGGAGCAGGAGGAAGAGGAGGAGGACGAGGAGGACGAAGAGGGGGAAGACGGAGAGGAGGGAGAGGAGGGAGCGGAGGAGACGGCGGCGGAGGCUGAACUCUCCAGCUCCUCAGAAACUGAAUGCGAGGUGGAGGCCGAGCCAGUGAGGCAGCCAGGCGAGCGCCCGUUGAAGCGCCGCUGUUUCUGGGAGUACCGACGUGCUCGAGAGACGGCCACGAAGAAGAAACUGGGUGGAGACGUCCACUGGUCUCUGUCCUGGAGCUCCAGCACUCUACCCAGCACACUGUACCGCAGAGAGGGCAAAAAAGGACGACGUAAAGCUCGUAAGACAGACGCCAGCGACCUGACGCCAAACCCCCAGAAGCUCCACAACAUCGGGGAGCAGCUGCAGAAGCUCAACGCUGCCAUCGACGGCAUGGGUCCGGUCAACGACCUGCCCGCUGUGGCCCGAGCCCGGUCCCGCAAAGAGAAGAACAAGCUGGCCUCUAGGGCCUGCAGGCUGAAGAAGAAGGCCCAGCACGAAGCCAACAAGAUCAAGCUGUGGGGGCUGAACCAGGAGUAUGAGAACUUGUUGGGAGCUCUGCUGCGGAUCAAGGAGGUGAUCCGGCUGCGGGUGGAGAGCAGCGAGGAAGAGGACACGGACGAGCGAGGGAUGACCCAGCGCCUGGAAGACAUCCUCCGAGAGUCCAGCGGUCCUCUAGUCGCCGGGCGGACCAAAGACUUUGUGCAAAGGAUUUUGGCGGCCAGCGCGGGCGGUCAGAACCAGCGCAAAGAGCCCCCGCAAGGAGAUGACGAGGUGGCGGGCUAAACCCAUCGACCGUCCCUGCUUCCCCUCCUCCUUCACCCUCCCUCUACCACGCCUUCCCCCUCCCAGCACCACCAACCAACCUGACCUGACCUGACCAAGUUCUCUGCAACACCUCCACUCUUCACGUUGUACACAUUUGAGUAGGAGAUGAAGAGGUGCAGAUGCUGGGAAAGGGGAGGAGGAGAAGAAGGAGGAGGAGGAGGAGGAGGAGGGAGUAGCCUAAACAAGUAUGGGAGUAAAUUGCCACCUGGCUCCUGGUCCUCUCCUGUUGGCCCUCCAAACAGCAGCCGUCUUCACCGCUCUGUCUCUGCAGGCUGCGCCACAACCACCACCAGGCCAGAGCUGCUGCUGCUGACGUCUCUGUAUUCUGUGUUAUGUCUGUGUGUGUGUGUGUGUGUGUGUGUGUGUGUGUGUCUGUGUGUGUGUGUGUGCGCGCACGUGUGUGUGCGUGCAUGUUGGACAUGUAACAUACUGUAUGAGCGUGUAUAGUGUUCCUCUCUCCCUCUGUGUGCUGUAUUUGUAUCCCAGUGUGCCUAUGAAUAGACAUUGCACUGUUUUGUAGAUGGUCGUAGUUGCCGGCAGGGGACCGGUAGUGAGUCGAGGGCGAGGGGGCAUUUGAGGAUAGAGGAAGUGCUAAAAUAAGGAAGUGGGAGGAGCCCAGGCCUGGAAGACAAAGAAACGAGUGUGUGUGGUUUUUUUUUUUUUUUUUUGGCUGGGCUCCUAUAGAAGCACUGCAUACCAUUUGGAUUGCAUCGGCAUCUGAAAUGUCACUAAAUAUUGUGACACACAACAAGUGAUGGAGUCCUGAUGCCAGACCAGCUGUUGAUGGAAACAACAGCCUGUUUGUUGUGGAAAAGUCCUUGGAGCUUUAAUACCCCCCACCCACCCACCGCCCCCCUCCCCCCCUUUAACUCCCCUUCACCCCAUCAAAAUGAAAGCAAAGUCAAAAACGAAAGAGAAAAACUGCACCUUAAUUCAAACUGACCAAAGAUCACUGAUACUGCUGAACCACUCGGACACCAAAACGUCUCACUGCUUCAGAUGCUGCCAACCAUGAACACAUCAUUUUGUUUUGGGAAGUGAGGGGUUAAGUGACUGAAAUAUUUUGGAUUGUUGACAUGUUUACCCACAUGCAUCCUUAAGGGAUGACAUUACUGAACGGAUUUUAAUUCCCCUCACCUAAAUGCACUACUAUCAUGGACCUGAGAGACUGACAGUUUAUUAUUUGGUCAGCCUUUUAGCUGCAGCCUGGUGCUCCUUUAGCUUAUCUGCAGUGGCUUUAUUUUUACCCACAAAAGGGAAGUGUCCUCAAUGCCUUCCCCAAGCCCUCUCCUCAACCCCUGACCUGAUUAUGUAGCGCACCUUCCUGAAUUGCAAUGACAAAUAGAGAAAAACACUUGUAGAUCUAGAAAGCAAAUAAGUUUGAUUUGUUUUUUUAUUAUGAUUUUGUUGAUAUUUGGCAAUGCCACAGCCCACAUAGUGGGUGUCAGUCUUGAGAGUUUUGAAAUCUGCCUUCUGUGGUCUUUGCUGAAGCUGAAGACCAACUUGUCCAAGGUCUCUAAAUGUUGUUGGACAUUAAAAAAAAAAAAAAGUCAAGGACCCUUUGAAUUGCACUGUGGUAAAAGCAACUAAGCACCUUCGAAGAGGGCUUCAGAUCCUCCAAAAGAGAGAAAAAAGACUCCUUUGUCUAAAGACAGAUAUUGAUUGAAAGACCUGUUGUUAGCGCUCAGCGCUUCGUGACCGACCUGGUGGUCUCGGUUUGUUUCAGUAUGGUGCUACUGUUUGAUGAAAAAAUAAAAAGCAAUGCAAACCUGAGUGGAGGCAUCAGGCAGUAACUGCUGACUGGGUUUUGGCCUGCGAGCACAUACUGUUGUAAUAGGCACUUUGUUUGCAUAAUGACGCCUUUCUGAAGUGCCUGGAGCUUAAAGCCACAGGGACCUGUGUUAUUAUGCCUGAUCUUAAACCCUAUUACAAGGUAAAACGUAACUCAUGACUACUGCUACGAGCUUGGCCUCACUUGACUUUACUUAGUGGACAAAAAACUGCAGGCCUGUCUUAGGUUUUCUCACACAUUCAGCCAAAAAGAAAAAAAAAAAAAAGUCAACCAAAAUAUUUUGCUUUCAGAUUAAAACCUAUACAUGGAAACAGUAGCUGGCACCGGUUUCUGUGAACAUCAUCUCUGGGAAAUAUAAGUGGAGGAGUGGCUGUUAGCUAAGCAAUCCCCUUUUGUUUUUCAACCUUGACGAGCUCCCGUCUGGGCUGCGUUCCAAAGCUGCCGCUCUAUAACAUACUGUUCCCCUUCUAUGGAAACUCCAUUUCCUGUCUCAACCAGGAGAGGAGCAGUUAACCUUAAACUCUUCACCUUCUUGAGGUUUCACUCGUGGUCAUUUUAAAGGCCAUGGAGCCCAGGACAGUUUUUUUUUUUUUUUUUUUUUGCUCCUGUUUAACUUCGUUUCCUUUUCAUUCUGGGAAAUGUUGCUCAUGGUCGUAUGAGUAUAGAAGUGUACUGUAAACAGAGGAUUCCUGUCGUUCAGCUGGAAAGGUUUCGUUGUGUAGUCCUGCUGCUGGUGAAUAGAGCUUUAAGCUCUGAUGCCCACAGACAGACAGUCUGUGGUUUGCAAGAAAAGAUGCCUAAUGCAGCAGCAAGGGGCUCUGAUGUCACAUUAAACAUCACCACAGAAACCUGGUCAGGUUUUCAUGUGAUCAUCUUACAGUAAAAAAAAUAAUAAAAAGACAGAUGAUCUAGGAGAAGGUCACUGAGGCCAGUAGAAUAAAACAGUUUGGUUAAAGGUGCACUCUGCGCUCUUUCUGCUGCUGAGAAGUGGUUCCUCCCGCUUUCUCUCGAGGCUUGGGAAGCUGGCGACGCUGCCAGCGGAGUCACAGGAUCUCGUGCUGGCAGCAGCUUCCUUCACAUGCCCUCGCACAACACCAAACAAAAAAGAAAGGAAACAGCUGAAAACAAUUGUAUAUAUCCCUACAGUUUAAAACGUUGUACAAACCAUCUGUGAAGCCGGAGGAGGACGAGCUCUUUGGGUUUAAGAGGGAUUCCACUUUGAAUGCACAAGUUUGUCCUGAUGUUUUCCUUCCUCCGAAGCGGUGUUAUGUAACAAAACACCAUCUGUUGUGUACAUUCAUCUAUAUGCCAAAAACUGAACUGAAGAGAAAACUGUUCUAACUCAGUGCCACAGAUCCAAACAACUAACAAGACAUGGCGCCGGAUUCUGUGCAACUAGUGAGCUCGUGUAAGGGUUUAAAUUGACACUGUAGCAUUAUUCCUCUAUUUAAAAGAAAAACGACACAUUUUGACAUUUUUGUAUCAUUAAAGAUCCCUUUAACUGUAAAGCUUUAAUGGGGAGUGGCCACUCUUGGCAAGGCAAAUUGUCUCUGUUAACAUUCCUGACUCAGUUUCCCAGAAAGCUUCUGUUUAUGUGUACCUGGAAGCAGGAGGCAGAUGGAAACUGGAAUGACCCAAAGAUGUCUGCUGUUUGGUCGUAUUUUCAUGACGGUCAUUACAGUGCGAGCUCGGGAGUCAACCGAGGAACAGCCUGGACUGAAACAAUAGAGAACUGAUGCUCUCAGCUCACAGAUUUAGCCAACUGUGACCUAAUAUGGACAAUGACGUUGCAUAAAUUGAGACGAUUCUUAUCUGAGCUACUUCCUUGUCUGCCAGAGACGGAGAGAAGUAAACAGUCCUGAAGCUGUCUGUCGCUGACGUGCUCGUUGGCUCUUUUUCAGAGAGAGUUUAGAGGAGUUGAAACCCCUAAGAGCACAUUCAGAAUGCACACAGACAGCAGGGAUUUAGCUCACCGAGUUCCUUAGAUGUCUAAUGAAGAAAUGCGUUUUUAAUGCAUUAACUCAAGUCCGGUAGCAUUUGGCUGUGAUGUUCUGUGUCUGCAUUCGGCUUUAACGCUGAAACAAGUAAUCGAACAACUGAUUACCCCCAGUGUCCACCGAACACGCCUGCGCUGUCAUCGCAGCCAAUGUGCCAAUGCCAUUCACUCCCACAUCCAUAUUUAUUGUCAACUAACGUACACUUAGAGAUAGAAAUAGUAAAGAAAUGUCACAAAUAUGCUUGUUCACUUUCUGACUGAGCUGUUGUUGGUCCGAUCCGACAUCUGGGGUUAGUCAGUCAACGUAGAAUUUAGAUGAAACAACAGUUUUGAUAACCGAAUAAUCAGUUUCCAGCCUCCAUUAUGUCAGGACUUGCUGUAUUUCUGUUUUAUAUCAUUCUAAUUGAAUAUCUUUUGGUACUGAACCGUACAGCGCAGUUUCAAACCCUCAGCUUGGGCUCUGGGAACUUACGAUGGGCAUUUUUCACUGUUUUCUGACUUUUUAUUGGCUAAACAAUUAAUAGAUGAACUGAUCGUUAGUUGCACCCUUAUUGGCUGGAAGGGUGUGACGUUGCCUGCCUUGCAAAGAGGCACUUCCUUCCAUUCGUGCCCCGUGCAGGGGUGCCCCUGCUUGGAAAACACUAAGUUGAGUCGAGUAAGACAAAUCCAGAGGUAGCGUUGGAGUGAUGAGGACAGGGAGAAGCUGUUGGCCUCUCACCCUCACCACCUUUCAUGCGAGUGCAGUGGGGUUUUGGACCGGCGGGCUGAAUAGACCCAUCAGUAAGCCUACACUGGUGGGACGCUGCUGACCUCCGGGUGCCCGUCCCUACUCUGCCCCAGCGCUCACAUUGUCGGAGACACUCAGGCUUCUCCAGUUUCAAAGGCGACGGGCCUGCGGGCAGAGGAGGCCAGGAGAAACAGCACUUAGCCAGGGCCUCGGAAUAGCCUAUUCGAAACCUUUUAAUCCCCUCCACCACCUCCGCCCCCUUUCACACUCUGACAGCUGCAGAGGAGGAGGAGGAGGAAUUGGGGCCACCCGCUGCGGUGGCCUGCAUCUUGAUGCCCCCGUCUCCUUUGUCGCUGACCUGGAAACCUCCAUCUGGGAAGAAGCCAGAUGGGGGAAGGUGUCAGUUUAGGCCUGCGGGUCCACAUGAAGUUUUCUUAUCACUGAAGCGGAGGUGUCAGAAGCUGAAGCUCGCUCCAGUUUGUGCCUCUCAUGUCUUAUCACUACAUUAAAGUCACAGAGCUACGCAUCCGUUCUUAUGAAGUGUAAAUCUCUGGCGAUCUUUCAAAGACCCCGAAGGUCCUUUAAAGCCCCCGAAACACCCGUUUCCUUAAUCAGCUUCUUAAUAUGAGCGAUGAGAUCCUACAUAAACGCACAAUGUUCUGCCAAAGUUGGGACAUUUAACUUGAGAGAUUUCUGUGUUUUUCACUGUUUUCAUGGGAUGUAGCAACUAGGGCUGCAUGAUACGGUAUAAAAAUCAUAUUGCGAUUCAUUUUCACUGAAAUAAAUCCAAUUUAAAAUGAUAAUGGAGUCUCUCUCCAACAUUACACCUGGAGAACAAGAUUUGUAGGCCAGAGCAUCUCUGCAGCUCUGCAGUACUUCAUUAUAAUGCGGUUUGUCACACGUUACCUCGGUGAUUUGCAUAUCGCCAUAUUGCGAUUUCAAUAAUAUUUCGAUUAAUAGUGCAGUCCUGAUACACUUAGUGUUGUUUUCAAGGAAUCUUCUCCAUCUUGACGGAUCAGAAAAUGUUUCGUCUGCUGCAAAAUAAAAAAAAAUGUAACCUGAUUCCCAAGUGAGUCCAUUCGUAAUCCGAAAGCAGAUGGUUGCUGGAGGUGACACAUCUACUUGCUCAGCAGACAGUAUUAAUCAGAUGAGAUCGAUCCACAAUUUACAGUUUUACUAAUCAUUGUGUGAAAUGUAAUGUGUCUGAUGUUAUUUACGUUCUAAAAGCGGAUUCUGCCACCAACAUGAAAAAAUAUAUUAAAUCGGUACUUUUAUGAGCAGAUAAUAUUGUAGUUGACGUUGAAUUGGUAAAAUUGGCUUCAGUAGAAAAUAGUGUUCAAAAAUAUUUUUUUUCUCUGCAGUGGACACAAUAUUCUUUGGAAUAGACAGAAGAGUUACUGAUGAUUCAAAUCCCUUCAAAACCUUUAACCCAACCCCCCUUUUUGGGAAUGGGUUGACCUGAAUUAGAAUAAAAUAGAUUGAUCAUCACACCCUUGAGACACUGUAGCUUUAAGAUUUAAAGUUAUAUUUUUACAUUUUGGGGAAAACGCUCGUUCAUUUUCUUGCUGAGAGAUAGAUGAGAAAAUUGAUGUGGCUCAAAUCUGUUCGUACAUAUGAAGAUACUGCCAGCAGCAAGUUAGCUUAGCUUAGCAUAAAGACAGGAAACGGGGGGAAGCGGCUAGCCUGGCUUCGUCUAAAGGCAACAAAAUCCACCUAAAAGCACCUCAAAAGCUCACUAAUAAACAUUUUAUAUUUCGUUUACUUCGUACAAAAGCAAACUCUACAGACACAUAUAUUACACGUUUAUGUGACUUUGAAUUGUACUCGCAGUCGUACGUGGGGAACAGCGGGUGGUAAGAGGUCACCAGACCUCUUUUGGUUUUUGAAACACCACCAGAGAUUUGAAACACAGAUGCUUAGCUCUGAAUCUCCAAUGUAAUAAUGAUGAAUGAGCGGCGCCUCGUGGCUUUAACCAAAACCAAGUCAGACGUUUCUGUCGAGAUCGAUGAGAUGAGAUCGAAGGCCGGUUGUGGAUGUGAGCGGGGGGGGGACAUCCAGUGGAGAGAAUAAAGACUGAAUGAUCACAUCCCUGCUGGUUCUUUAAUCUGAAAACAUCCUGAAUGAUGGGAGGAAAGUCACGAGACUAGCAAACAUUCCACAAUGCCAUGUCAUAUACUGUACAGCAAACCUUACUUCUCUUCUUCCCCUUUCCUCCCUCCUUCUCCCUCUGUCUGUCCUUCCCAGUAAUCACAAUACUACAGUGAUACUUCGGACCUGUUAACACAUUAACACAUCUUUAUGUACAACUCCUUCGUCAGUAAGUAACCUUUAAGAAAAUAGUACAAAAAAUAAAAAACAAUACAAAAAAAAUAAAAUACAAGAAGUGCCGUACAAAUAGAAGCCUAAUAUUUUUUGUUUUGGUUUUGUGUGAGUGUACUGUACACCUGUAUAAUGUAUAUUUUAAUAUUUAUAUGCAGCUGUUGUAUUAAAGUAUAUUUUUAAAAUAAAAA